AAAUUUUUAUUAAAUAAUAAAUUAAUCAUUUUUCUGAAUGCGGAAGCGUAUUAAUCAGUUCGUUGAAUUUAAUCGUAUAUGUUAUUUAGUAUUAUUCAAAAAAUACAUUUACUUUUCUUAAUUAAUUACUGUACUUCAUUUUGUACUUAAUUUUUUCUCAAGAUGCAUUUUUAUUUUCUUUAAUUUUUUGAUUUUUUGAUUUUUAAUAGUUGCUGAAACAAUAUUGAGGAUCAAAAAAAUGGUUAUAACUAAACCUAAAAAAAAAUGUGGCAAAAACAUCGAUAGAACUACAGGAUUGUACAAGAUUGCUGCAAAAAUACUUCAAAAAGUGAAGACUGGAAAUAGUUAUAAAACUCUUUUAUAUAAAGCACAGUAUCCAAAUAAAUUAACUCUUAAUGCUGUCCUCAUGAAUGUGUUUAAAUGGGAAAAAGUUAUAGAUGUUUUAAUAGAGAAAAGUAAUAUACUAGAAAAAGAAAGGAAUUUAGAGAAGGAUUUUGCAAGUGUAUUAAUUACUGAAAUGAUGUGGUCAAAAUUUGGUUUAAAAGGCACUGCAAAAAAUAUUCUAGCUGUUAAAAAAUACAAACAUGAGUUUGUUAAUCUUAUGAAAGAAAAUGAUUUAGAAAAAUUAGUAACUUCAAUGCCUCUCAAAACAUGGAAACCUCGAUAUUUUCGCAUCAACACUUUAUUAACCACAUUAGAAGAUGUUUUAAAAAAGUUAACUGUAAAUAAAUUUAAAAAAUUAAAGACACCAUCAAAUUAUAAUGAUUUUUUAGAAUUGUUAAAAUCUAAAAAGUUUACAAAAAACUGUUUUAUGCAAGACAUACAUAUUAAAGAAUUAUUAGUUUUUAAUCCAAAAGUAAAAUUUUACAAGUUAGAAGAGUACAAAAAUGGAAAUCUGAUUGUGCAAGAUAAGGCUAGUUGUUUGGCAGCAACUCUUUUAAAUCCAAUACCUGGAAGUACAGUACUUGAUAUGUGUGCCGCUCCUGGAAUGAAAACAUCUCAUCUUGCUGCAAUUAUGCAUAACAAAGGGCAUAAGUUUUUUAACAUAAUUGCCAAAUGAAGUCAAUAUUGUAUUGAAUUACCACAAAAUCAUGAAAAAUUUGAUAUUUUACAGGUCAUAACUGAUAACCCAGAACAAUACACCAAUAGUCCUUAUUGGUACACUAAAUAUUAAUGUUACUGUAUUUACCAGA